AGUCCCUUCAGGCUUCUUUAGAAUCAAGGGUGACAAUUAUAUAAAUAUUACUUGUGCUUGAGCAGAAUUUUGAAUAUUUUUAUACCCGUAUAUUUAAAAGUAAGCACCAAAUUUAAAAUGAGUCAUCACUUUGCUCCUGAGUUCACUGUUCUGCCUCCGGGAAAAGAAGCCGUAUCAAAAAAGUUGCAAAGAAACAAUGAUCAGACAACUUCUGCCAAAAAGAGAGAAAUUCAGCAAUUAGAUUUUGACAACAAGCAAAUGGAAUGGAAAUUAAACCAGAUAAAACAGGCAAUGAGUAAAGAGAAAGAAGAUCGAGGAAAACAAGGAUACAUAUGGAAAUCAGGUGAAAGUGGUAAAUUGGAAUCAUAUGCAAGAAACAUACUUGGUAGGAGUGUUUCUGCUACAACAGUAAAUGGAAGUCUACAACGAAAAAAUAAACAUUCCAAUGGAUCAAAAUCAGCUCCGAAGUCUAAACCAAGAGUCAAAGUUUUGAAAGACGAACCACUAGACUUACCCAAAAGGGAUUCAAGAAAUAAAGAAUUAAUUGAAAAAUUAAAAUCAAACAAACUGCCUAAUGAUGUUCAGAUGAUUAGUGGAGAUUUUGAAACGGAGAGAAGAGAGGAUUGGAUUCGUAUUGCUGUUGAUAAGAAUAGUGAUGAUAACAUGGAAAUGCAAAGUAAUUUAGAUGGAAAUUUGCCUUUGUCGAGUGUUCAUGCUCUUGAUCCAACUGCUAUUGGAAUUUAUUUUUUGAAAUGGGGUAGAAAAAGAUUGUUGAUGGCAGUGGAUGGUGUGAUAAGAAGACCAAAAACAGGAUGGGGAGAUGAGUUGUACUUUCCUUACGCUGGAAGAGUUUUACCAGAAAUGCCAACAUCUGUGAGACCAGAGCCACCGCUUCGAAAUUUGUCCAACACAGUCAAAAAUACACCUCGGGAUGAAGAUGACAAAACAUCUGGUGGUGCUUUGCUCCAGGGAGCGUUCAAUGAGGAAGAAAGUGCAGCUUCUUUUCAGCUAGCUGUUAAUGACUGGAGGCAGAGUAAAAAAGAAAAUAUUGUUUCAAGCUCUGAUAAAAGCUCUAAUGAAAAAAAGAUUCCAGAAAUGUCAGUGCAUGUUGCGCAAUGUUAUCCACCAAGUUAUGAAGUGAAAUUCUCUGAAACGUCAACAUUAUCAUACAUGGAACAUAUUCUACUUGAUAAGCACAGGAAAUCUGAAGUACCACCACCUAUGCCAGUAAAAUCUCUUUCUGAAACAGUGAACGGAUAUCUUGAUCCAUACAAUUACAAUGAUGCAGAUGAUAAUGAGAACGUUCUUACAGUUGAUGAACAAGAAGAAAGACGAAGGAUCAGAGAACUUUUCAGUCCUGAUAAAAAUGAAAAUCGAUAUCUUGCUGAUGAGAUAAGAAUUGAUGAGGUAUCUGAAGACAUUGUUGAAAAUACUGAAAGCACAGACUAUUGUAUCAUUGAAGAGAGUCCUCCCCCAUCACCUACCCCAGAUACAAGUAGAAGUACAAGUACUGUUGUGAUAGAAGAAGUACAAUAUUCCGAACAAAAUUCAGUCACAGAAUCAGCUAUUAGCAGCGUUGUUCAUAUUGAUCAUCAUACAGACGGCCCAAUCAUCGAUGACAUUGAAAUAGAUGAAAAAUCUGAGUUAAUAGACCACACACACUCUGUGCAAAAUUUUAAAUCAAAAUCAACAAAAAUGAAGAAUGAAGGAAAAAAUCAUCGAAUCAAAUCUGCCAGUUUUAUCAACAACAAUCUUCUGAUGCAAGAUGAUUUAACAAAAAGUCUCAAGCAACAAAAAAGACGAUCGAAAACGUCUAUUGGAGGUCGAUUGUCAUCUAAAAAAGAAAACGAUAGGAUAUCGAGAAAUCCACUACUUCUUGUUCAUGAAAUUGGUAAAAUACCAAUAAAUCCUGAUGCAAUUUAUCAUAAAGGAUUGAAUGAAUUUUUCUCUUCUAAUCAAAACGAUCUUUCUGAGAGAUCUUAUAAUGAAGUCAUCGAAAAACCUUUGGAAAGAGAUGUUCAUUCUGUAAUGGCCUCAGUAUCCACCAUGUGGAAACCAACUGCGAGUUUAGUCAGUCCUGAUUUACCAAGCACUAAUGAUGAGGCAGUUGUAACAUAUAUUGAUUCAUCACAGAACGACAAAAUCUUAAACUCAAAUGAAUGGAAAGAAUCAAAUGAAUAUGAUUCUGAAUCUGACAAUGAACACAAUACAAGGGAAGACGAUGAUAAAGCUUUGAACGAUCUAGAAUGGGAACUUGCAUCAAGAACAGGGAAUAUCACAAGUGAUGGAAGAAUAUCAAGACUGAUUGAUGAAUGGUCAGAAGAAGAUGAUGAAGUUAAUCUUAAUAUAAUUGAUGAUCCCGGAGUAGGAUCUGGACUUUCGACACCAGAUGUUGAUAGAAAUUGUCUUUCUGAGAUGACAUCAGGAAGUCCCAAUAACCAGCAAUUUCUACAUGAUUUUCAAAACAUAGAGCAGAUGAUUAUGGGUGAUGUCAGUGAGGAAUAUAGCGAAGAAGAACUUUGAUGUCAAAUUGAAUAUCUUUCAAUAUGAAAAAUAAUUUGCGAGUUUUACGCUUGUAUACAAUACAUUGUCAAGACUGUUGCCAGUGAAACAUAACAGUGCACCCUCUCAUUUGCAUUUUUGAAUUGCUCAUAUCCUAUAUUCAGUCAUCAGUAUUCUGACAGAAUCGAUUAUAGAUAUUUUCAUAUCAAAACUUGCUGCAAGAAAUGAUACAUUGUAAAAAUAAUAAAAUGAUCAAUGAGCUUUAGUCUAAAAGAGACUGAAUAAAAGACAUGCUUUAUAUAAUAUUGAAAGCUCAAAAGACAGGAUUGUUUUAAAUGAAUACUUGGUACCCAUAGAUGAAUUUUUUAUAUUUUAGCUUGACUUUGUACUUUCAUAUUACACUUUAUUUAAAACACGGUUUUUACCCACUGUAGCAAUCGUUUUGCAUCACUUGUGAAAUACAUGUAUUUUAUGUUAAA